UCUCUCUCUCUCUCUCUCUCUCUCUCUCUCUCUCUCUAACAUUGUGUAAGCAAUUCUAAAACAAAAUCACACGAACCAGACCACCAUUACAUAGAUCUCUUCGCUCUUUCAUACGUUUCGCACUUCCCCAUUCUUAUAUUCUUUGUCGCCUAUAUUUACUCCCACACUCCUGGAUUCGUUUCUAUAUAUCUUUCUCUAUCAGAUACAGACACACCAAGUGCAAAGUCCUUUUCUCAAUUAAUCAAUAAAAGUAUUGGGUCAAAUAUCAGCUGCGAUAUCACUAGUUAUUGUUGUUGGAUGCUCUCUUUUUCUCACCGGUUCAUGGUAUGUUCUACUUCAAUGUUUUCCCCCUUGUUUACUCAAUCAGUUUGUUCUAGAUCUUUCAAUUAGUUUCGUUAUUAGGAGUCUUUUUGAUACUCAUCUCAAUCACCCAUGUUAUAUGAUAUCAAUUCGUAAUUGCGUUUCUGCUGUUUUAUACAUAUUGAUUGGUUUUUUAUUAUAUUCGUCUUUAAAGCCUUCGUGUUAGAUGCGUCCUGGGUGCAAGAAGGCUCUUAAAGGACUUUAUGAGCCAUAAAACAACAUACCCACAACCAAAAUCUCAUAGUUUUGUGUUAUUAAGAUACAAUCUUUGAUUAUUAUUAUUAUUAUUCCCAAUGGAGGAAGGAAAAGAUCCUCCUACAACAGUUAUAAGUAGGUCAAACCAAUCUAGGGCUUUACCACAAAGACUUGUUCAAUUACUCUCCUUAUUUCUACUUUUAUGUUUUGCCAUAUCAUUAUUUAGUAUAUAUAUGAUCCGUAAAACCGGAGGAGUAACAACAGUGACAUCAGCAAUCCCCAUGUUGCAACCAUGUAUACAAGCACAACCAAAGAACAAUCUUGACCAUUGGAUCACACCUCCUUCGAAUCUUGUCCACACAAUGAGUGAUAAAGAGCUAUUUUGGAGAGCUUCAUUCGUUCCACAGUUAAAAAAGUAUCCAUUUGCAAGAGUCCCAAAGAUUGCCUUUAUGUUCUUGACUAAAGGCCCAUUACCAUUGGCUCCUUUGUGGGAGAGGUUCUUUAAGGGGCACAACAGUCUUUAUUCCAUUUACAUUCAUUCACUUCCAUCAUUUCAAGCUCGUUUUCCAUCAACAUCUGUUUUUUAUCAGAGACAGAUACCAAGUCAGAUAGCGGAAUGGGGUAGAAUGAGCAUGUGUGAUGCGGAAAGGAGACUCCUAGCCAACGCCCUUCUGGACAUCUCAAACGAAUACUUCAUUCUUGUAUCGGAAUCAUGCAUUCCACUCUACAACUUCACCAUAACAUAUCGUUACAUAACACGAUCCAAAUACAGUUUCAUGGGCGCCUUUGAUGACCCGGGCCCAUUCGGGCGGGGCCGCUACAACCCGAACAUGCUGCCCGAAGUCAACAUUUCCCAAUGGAGAAAAGGCGCUCAGUGGUUUGAAGUCAACCGAAAACUGGCAUCCAUUAUCAUAUCUGAUGUCACAUUUUACCCAAAAUUCCUCCAGUUUUGUAGGCCCGCUUGUUAUGUUGAUGAGCAUUAUUUUCCGACUUUGUUAACAAUCCAGGCACCGAAACUGCUUGCAAACAGGAGUUUGACUUGGGUUGACUGGUCCAGGGGUGGGCCCCACCCUGCGACGUUUGGGGCGAUGGAUAUUAAUGAGGAAUUUAUGAAGAAACUUCAUGAAGGUCGGGAAUGUGUUUAUAAUGAUAAGCCGUCUUUGAUGUGUUAUAUGUUUGCAAGGAAAUUUGCUCCAAGUACUUUGGAAAGGCUGCUUCGUUUUGCUCCUGAAUUUUUGGGGUAUUGAUUGGAAUUGGAAUUGGAAUUGGAAUUUGAAUUGGAAUUGGAAAGGUUUAAGACAGUUUUGUGGGAUAUAUCAAAUGAAUAGUUUCUUAAUGUGAGGUUUUUUUGUAUUUUAUAUUAGUUUUAAACGGAAUCAGAAAACUGCUUUUAAUUUGGUUGAACAUGUUGACAAUGUCAGCAAAACUGCGAAAACAAGAAGCUUCUUCAAAAAAUUUCUAAAGAAACUUUUAUUUGUGGGUUUGGUACAUAAAUUGGUAAUAAGUUGAAAGAACUGUUUUAUUGUAAGAGACUUCAAAAUCUUUUAUUUAUAAGUUGACGUGAAUGGUUUUUUUUUUUUGAAAAGUUUUUUCAGGAGUUUGUAUGGAAUCUGUGGAUACGUUGUAUAUAAUUUUCAACUUAAUAUAAAUUGUAAAUGCGAUGUCAUGUG